GUGCCACUCAUGCGUCCACAUCCUUCGUUUCCGUUCCUGUCGUGCUUUUAAUUUCACACCGCGGCGGAACUUUUAUUUUCAUUCCACUUCCGUGUUUUGCAGGGGGACAUAUUCGAAAGGGGCACAGAUGACAAUUCCGGCUAGCUCAAAGCAUUUGUUUUUAUUUUUAAAGCAAGUAUAUUUCUUUCCUUUGACAUUUUCCGGUUGUGUUUUCGUUCAGAAGUCAAAUUGGACUGUUUUUUAAAAACACAUAGGGUUUUUUUAGCCGGUGUGAAAGAGAUGAGCAGCAAUAUUAAAAAGAGAGCCCCUGCGACAGCGACACAGAGAUUAAGACAGGAUUACCUGCGAAUAAAGAAAGAUCCUGUCCCAUACAUAUGUGCAGAACCGCUCCCUUCGAACAUACUGGAAUGGCGCUAUGUUGUCUGGGGUCCUGAGAAAACGCCCUAUGAAGGCGGUUAUUAUCACGGGAAGCUCGUAUUCCCUAGAGAGUUCCCGUUCAAACCACCGAGCAUAUACAUGAUCACACCCAACGGCAGGUUUAAAUGCAACACAAGAUUGUGUCUCUCCAUCACGGAUUUUCACCCGGACACGUGGAACCCGGCGUGGUCGGUGUCCACCAUCCUCACUGGCCUCCUGAGCUUCAUGUUGGAGAAAGGUCCCACUCUGGGCAGCAUAGAAACGUCCGAUUCUACCAAGAGACAGCUCGCCUCACAGAGCCUCGCUUUUAACAUUAAGGACGAAGUGUUCUGCGAGCUGUUCCCGGAUGUCGUCGAAGAGAUCAAGCAGAAGCAGCAACUGCAAGAAGAGCUGAGUUCCCGCUCUCAGGCACUGCCUCUGCCCGACGUCGUGCCCAACGCCGAGGCCCAGAACGGACGCCCGGCCCAGAACGGACACGCACCUGCUGGGAUGGCCCCACCCCCUGACCUCCGGCAGGUCAACCGCAACCACGGACGCCUAGGAGGAGCGGUCGCGAACCUGUUCGUCAUCGUCGGCUUUGCCGCGUUCGCCUACACGGUCAAGUACGUGCUGCGGAGCAUCGCUCAGGAAUAAACACAGAGAGGAUCUGCUCUUAUACCAAAACGAACAAGGACUUGUCCUCUUUCUUUUGUCCAACUCGAAACCAAACAGAGCUAGCGGUGAGUUAGUGAGUGUCCCAGCAACGACGACGCGACGCCCUUAUUACAGCUAUAGAAACAGUCGAGGUGUGGAGGAUAUUUAUAGGUACGACUUCGGUGUGUAUUCGGCCCCGCGUUAUAUCAGGAAUUCUUUUCAGAUUCAUGUCCACAUAGCACUUUCCAGAACUUUUGAGUGAAAUCGUCUUGCUGUUUGUCAUUGUCCUGUGCCUUUUUCUUUUUAAUUAUCCUCCUGUUUCUAUUUCACUGAGACACGAUAGCUCAACAUUUUCUGAAGAAAUACUUCAAAAUAAGGAUGAAAAAAAAAAUAAGGAUGUUCAUUCUUUUUCUUCUUUGGUUUAUUUUCUGUUAACAAGCAGAUAAUUUUGUACGUCUGUCAAACCAGGUACAGCAGCACCAUCACCGCUGGUCAUACAAAAAUAAAUAAUACACAGAACGGUAUGAAGUAGAGGCUGAUUCAGAUAGUUUAAUGUGAAAUAUGAACUUGUGCGCACAUAUGAUGGUGCUUCUAUAUAACCGUACAACAUAUAUUUCAGGUAGGAACAAAACUUACGUUAUAUUCAGAGCAGCCUGGGAUAGUUUGCCAUCUAAGCCUUGCAUUCAAGCAACAAACUGGGGUGUCUUUUUUUCUGAAAAGGAGAAUAAAAAAAGAUUCGUUAUAUUUGAGGUAUAAGCUGCCGAUGCCUGUUGACUCCUUCCUUACAUCUGCAACGAGAUCGGUGUCCAGUAAGUGAUUUUAAAGUUUGUUCCUGAUCAUCACUUACGUUCUAGUAGCUACAAACAAAAAGCUCCUUUCCUCACUAGCUUCUCUUUUUUUUCCCCCCUUUGUCUCUUCAAGUCAAAAACGCAGCUUAUGCUACCGAGAAACCGGAAAAAAGAGCAAAGCCCUCUUUCCUGAGGACUCGUACAAAGCGAUGAUACCGUAUCGGCGAUUAUACAUGUGAAGUGUCCACAGUACAAGUCCCUGUGUAGGUUACUAUAGAAACAAUACCAUAUUAGAGCUUAUUCAUAUCAUUAAUAUACAUUUUUUGGCAGAUUUACAGCUGCACUAUUGUCAGAGCUUCUGUUAUAGAAAAUGAAGCGACGCCGGUUCUGAUAAGCCAGAUUUGAGAAUGUGUCCUCAUUGUUACACCAGAAAAAGCAAAUCCUGUACUGGAUCCAAGGACAAAUCAGUUGUGUGUCUAUAAAUAUGCUAACAACAACAGUCCAUUUCUGUGUAUGUAAAGGAAGAACGGGAAAUGGUGAAAUCUCAUGUCUUACAGACGCCGGUGUAGUAUAAUAUGAUAUAAAUCACUGAUUAAUACGACUAAUAAUUUCCCCUGUACCAAAUUGAACCCUUUAUGAUGGGACCGGAAUGGACUUCAGAAACACUUUAUCAAUUACAAACCUGCAAGAAGGCUUUAGAACAGCAGCUGUUAGUUAAAGAUGAAGCGAAUGAUGUUCAUAGUGUUACGAAUUGUUCAGGAAACACACCCCCAGGUUGUACCCUGUUACGGUACGCAAUUCUGUUUGACCCGGUCAUCUGUGUAACUCAUGACGGCUUUCUGGUUUCGUCGCUAAGUUUUUGUUUACAAGAACCAACCAACACUAUAGUUUGUUCUAUUGUUUGUCUUUUGGGGAAAUCCCCCCCUCCCCCCCCCCCCCCCACCCGACACACACACACACACUAUAACGCACAAAGAAACUUUUAAUUUGGCCGUUUAUGGUGUAACUUGUGCAAUAUUGUUCAACUGAUUUUUAAAUAAAGUUUGAUUUUGAUGUUUA